AUGGCUAGCUCAGAUAGUGAUCAUCACACUGAUCAAGAGGUUGUUAAUGGUGGGCAACUCAAAGAUAGGAAAGUGUCAUGGGCAAAAUUAGCCCGUGUUGAUUCCCUCAAUUUAGAAGCUGGAAAAGUUUCUUCCACUCCGGAAAAUCACAACUCUACGGCUGAUUGGAAGACAGUAUUGAGUUUAGCAUUUCAGUCUGUUGGAGUUAUCUAUGGAGAUAUAGGGACUUCCCCUCUCUACGUUUUUGCAAGUACUUUUACUGAUAAAAUUGGACACAAGGAUGACAUUCUAGGGGUGUUGUCCCUCAUCAUAUAUACCAUAAUCCUCGUACCAAUGACUAAGUAUGUCUUCAUUGUGUUAUGGGCCAACAACAACGGCGAUGGAGGAGCAUUCGCGCUGUAUUCUUUAUUGUGUCGAUAUGCAAAAGUAAGUCUGAUCCCAAACCAGGAGCCAGAAGAUAGAGAACUCUCACACUAUAGUCUGGACAUACCAUCAAAUCAUAUUAGAAGAGCCCAACGGAUCAGACAUAGUUUGGAGAAGAGUAAAUUUGCAAAAUUUUUUCUAGUUUUCCUUGCCAUCCUUGGAACAUCUAUGGUCAUUGGUGAUGGAGUUCUCACUCCUUGCAUUUCAGUUCUCUCCGCCGUAAGUGGAAUCAAGCCCCUAGGCCAAGAGGCUGUUGUGGGAAUUUCCGUCGCGAUAUUGGUAGCCCUUUUCUGUGCUCAACGUUUUGGUACGGACAAGGUGGGAUAUACAUUUGCUCCAGCCAUAUGCAUUUGGUUUAUGUUCAUAAGUGGCAUUGGUCUCUACAACUUGUUCAAGUAUGAUGUGAGCGUCUUACGUGCCUUUAAUCCCAAAUACUUGAUAAACUAUUUCCAAAGAAACGGUAAAAAAGGAUGGAUUUCUCUUGGUGGAGUUUUCCUUUGCAUUACAGGAUCCGAAGCUAUGUUUGCUGAUUUAGGUCACUUCAGCGUGCGUUCUAUUCAAAUAAGCUUCAGUUGCCUCGUAUUUCCAGCUUUGCUUUCAGCUUACAGUGGGCAAGCUGCUUACCUCUCGAAAUUCCCUGAAAAUGUGUCCAAUACUUUCUAUGACUCUCUUCCAGAUCCACUCUACUGGCCAACAUUUGUAGUGGCUGUUGCUGCAGCCAUUAUUGCAAGUCAAGCAAUGAUAUCCGGUACCUUUUCUAUUGUGGCUCAGGCACAAAGCAUAGGUUGUUUCCCAAGGGUGAAGGUAGUUCACACAUCACCGAAGCAUGGAGGUCAAGUUUACAUCCCGGAACUCAAUUACUUCCUCAUGAUUGCUUGUGUUAUAGUUAUUCUCAGCUUCAAAACAACCGAAAAAUUGGGGCACGCUUAUGGUAUAGCUGUGGUUAGUGCUGAAAUCAUAACCACACAUAUGGUCACAUUAGUAAUGCUUGUUAUAUGGAAGACUAGAAUCUGGUGGAUUACUUUAUUCUAUGGAACGUAUCUUUUCAUUGAAUCUACAUAUUUCUCCGCUCAGCUGACAAAAUUCACGCAAGGUGGCUAUCUACCUAUAGCUUUCUCAGUCGUGCUCGUGAUCAUCAUGGGAACUUGGCACUAUGUUCAAAAACUUCGAUACCAAUUCGAGCUCAGUAACAAGGUUUCCAGUGAAUACAUUAGGGACUUGGCCAACAAUCCGGACAUCAAAAGAGUGCGUGGGAUAGGACUACUAUACUCUGAACUAGUACAGGGGAUUCCGCCUAUUUUCCAUCAUUUUGUCUCCAAUAUUCCCUCCGUCCAUUCUGUUAUAGUUCUCGUGUCAAUUAAAUCAAUUCCUAUAAGUAAAGUAGCACUACAAGAACGUUUCUUGUUCCGUCAUGUUGAGCCUAGAGAAUACAAGGUAUUCAGAUGUGUAGUCAGAUUAGGCUACAAGGAUCAACUCGGAGACACAGCGAAUUUUGAAAACCAACUCGUUGAACAACUAAACAAGUUCAUCCGACAUGAACAUUACAUUCUUGCAGCACAAGAACAAGUACUUGCAGAGAGAGAAACUGAACCAGCAUCUGGCCAACUAGUGCCUGGAAGAUCAUCCAAGGUCCACAUAGAGGAAGAUCUACAACAACAAGUGGAUUCAAGAAUAUCAACAUCAACUCGGUCAAUUCAAUCAGUGCACACUCCAACAGCCCAGUCUAAUCGUUCAUCGAGUAGAACACAAAUGGUGCCUCCAAAUGCUUCCGGACAAGAAGAGAUGCAAUUUGUGGAAAAAGCUAAGGAGCAAGGAGUGUUCUAUCUCUUGGCAGAAGCAGAAGUGGUGGCUAAAAAAGAUUCGUCAUUCGUGAAGAAAGCUUUUGUUAACUAUGGUUAUAAUUUCUUGCGCAAGAACUUCAGGCAAGGGGAGAAAGUUAUGGCCAUUCCUCAGACAAGGCUUCUAAGGGUUGGCAUGACUUAUGAGGUAUAA